AGUGUCAUAGUACUUUGUACUUGUGACCGACUAGAGCUUCAACCCUCUGGCUAGAGCACUACAUAGACGUCUGUAUGCUCACUGCUGAGCGUAGCCUACCUUAAUUUGCCAUCGCUCAAAGUGGUAUUCAGUCUUUGUUGAUUAUGUCGCGGGCUACUGAUCGACUGAAAGUCGUUCUGAAUCAUCUGGACCGGUCCGGAGCGACUGUCAGGGCGUCUUUCACAUCGGCACAGAAUGUGUCGUAUCAUCUUCCCCAAACACUUAGGUACACUUUGGACACAGAUUAUCUGAGCCCUGAACAGAGAGUUGCUUAUGAGGAGGAUGGCUUCAUCCUUAUCAAAAACCUGGUCUCAGAAGAGGACAUCGACCAGUUUAGGGCUGAGUUUGAGCGUAUCUGUAAGAGAGAAGUGAAGGUACCUGGCCUGGUGGUGAUGAGAGAUGUGGCCAUUUCCAAGUCCGAGUUCAUGCCAGACCAGAAGGCUGUUUCCAAACUGCAGGACUUCCAGGAGGACCCUGAGCUCUUCCGCUACUGUGCUCUGCCACAGAUUCUGAAAUAUGUGCAAUGUUUCACUGGACCCAAUGUUAUGGCUAUGCACACUAUGCUGAUCAACAAGCCCCCAGAUGCAGGUAAGAAGACGUCCCGCCACCCCAUGCACCAGGACCUGCACUACUUCCCGUUCCGCCCGGCUGACCGCAUCGUGUGCGCCUGGACCGCCAUGGAGCGCGUUACCCGACAGAACGGCUGCCUCGUGGUGCUGCCUGGCACCCACAAGGGCACCCUGCAGGAGCACGACUACCCCGAAUGGGAGGGCGGUGUUAAUAAGAUGUACCAUGGCGUGCGUAACUACGACUCUAACCACCCGCGCGUGCACCUGGAGAUGGAGAAGGGGGACACGGUGUUCUUCCAUCCUCUGCUCAUCCACGGCUCCGGCAUGAACCAGACCCAAGGCUUUCGCAAGGCAAUCUCUUGCCAUUAUGCCAGUGCAGACUGCUACUACAUUGACGUGAGGGGUACUACUCAGGAGAACAUCGCAAAGGAAGUACACGAGAUUGCAGAGAAGAAGUACGGUGUGGAUGACAGCGUUACUUUUGAGGAUACCUGGGCCGUGAGGGGUCGUCUGGUACAUGGAGAGAGAACCUCCCUCUGAAAAACACCACUGUCCAAUCACGGAGCAUCACUCUGUGGAUUGACAGCCCAAAAUCCAAUAGUGCAUUAUUAUUUUUACUGCCAGGUGUCCUUCAAUCACUCGUGGACCGUUAUGCAGUGUACAACAGCGAAUUUCCCCUUCAGCUUAAUCCUGCAGCCAGUCAAUGGAAAAUGAAUCGAAUGAACCAACCUAAAGAGAUACAGAAGAAGGAAUCCCAUUGAAAAGGUGACAGAUGGUAGGUAGUGAGUUUGCCUAAGGUCAGACAAGGUGAAUGUAUUCUAAUGUGUUAGACAUCCAGACCAUCUGGCCAAAUACACUCACACACCCUUGAGGAGAAGAGAAGCUUUUGAGGAAGCUAAUUUGCUCCUGGAAAUGCAGCAUUAAACCUGUUUGACAAGAUUCAACAAGAAAAGGGACUCUAUUUACACCAUCUAACUGACAAUGCAGAUAUUGUGUAUUUGGACUGUCCCUCCCAUAGCCAUGGGGCAGUCUGGUGGAAAACCGGCCUUAUAGCUAAGCUAAUCAUAUAAUGACCCUUAGAAGAAAAUUAUAUUAAUUAGCCUCUGUUAACAGACCUGGCUAACUCUGUAAUGAGCUAGCGUUUAAAAGACAUGCCAUUGUCCAUAUUAAGGUGGUCAUGACAUGAGACUGGAAUAAGAAUGAAACACUCAUGUAAAGUCUGUGUGACGGGUCAUCUGCUUAUAAUACUGUAUGUGUGUUUAUGUAGGGUUGUGUGUGUGUGUGAGAGAGAGACUUGUUUGCUUUUCUGGUUCAGAAAGAGAAGAAGAAAAAGCUAUACAGGUGUAGCGUUUUUGCUUCAGGUGGAGGUGUGUGUGUGUGUGUGCAAACAACUGUUGCCACUGAUGUAAUUUUUACUGCAUGUUAAUAAUCCCAUGCUUUCUCAUUUCAUUUUCACUGUGUUGCCUUACACAUUAACCUGAGGUGCUGAUUGUAAUUAAACUAGAACUCAAGAACUUAAGCAGAGUACAUAGUACUUCAGUUAAAGUCAGAUAAACAUUUCUACACCUUUG